UCUUCUAUGUCGCGAGGUCGCCGCCGCUCCUGGAGGGGGACGGUGUGGGCGCCCGCUGCCCGGUGCAGCAGCAGCAGUCCUCGCAGAGGAGAAAGGGGAGCCUCGCGGCAGCUGAAAAUCCAGCCGCUCCGCCUCUUCUAGUUGCAUGGAAAUGCGUCAAGAUUGACGACGCCCGCGGGCGGGAGGGGAUCAGAGAGUUUACAACCUUUGUAAAGAGCCCCGGCAGCAGCGCCUCCCCACCUCUCUCCCUCCAGAAGGGCGGACGGAGCCCGCGGGGAGGGACUGUUGCGGGUCUCCCUGGUGACGUCAGCGCCCCCGCCGUCCCCCUCCCCCGAAGGCGACUGCUGGCGGGCCGGAGCUAGCGGCGAUGGCGGCUCCCGGGUAGGCGAGGCCGGGAGGUCUCAUUCUUCCCCCUCCUCCUCCUCGAUGGCCCGGGCAGUGCCGGGCUUCCCCCCCUUCCUCCUGCUGCUGUUGGUCCUGCAGUCACCGCCCCCCUUCGCCGCCUUGCCCGGCGAGAACGGAAAGUGGAGCGGUGCGUCCGACGAUCUGACCUAUGUCUCUGAGUAUUUCUCCCAGAGUGCUCAGAAGCUUUCAUUCUACAGUUGGUAUGGAAAUGUCAAACUCUUCCGCUUCCGUGUGCCAGAGGACACGGUCUUGCUGCGUUGGCUCCUGCAGGCAUCCAAGGGAAGUGGCCCAGAGUGUGGCAGUACACAGGUGACCAUCCACUUCCGUUAUGGGGCUCCUCCCGUCAUCAACCCUCUGGGCACACAAUUUCCCUCCAACACCAGCCUGCCUGGCUCCUUCAACCAGACCUUGACUCUGGCUGCUGCUUUGCAGAACAGCACGUUUGUCAACCUCACCAGCCCUGCAGCAGGUGACUGGUUCAUUGCUGCACACCUUCCUGAGGCGAAUGGCAAGAUUGAAGUGAAGGGCUUCUCCGUGCCGUGCACCUACACUUUCCAGCCUGACAUGUUUGUGCUACGCGUCCUUGAGGUGUCCAUCCUGGAGCCCAGUGUUCCCACCUGGCAGAUCAUCUCCAGGCCAGCUUGGCCUCUUCACACCAAGAUCUUUGUCCCUGAAUAUAGCACUGCACUAAAGCUCGAGGUGCAAAACUGCACGACGAACAUUUCUGUGGCCUGUGCUCUGCGUGUCAUGGUGGGUUCUGCCACCCUGCCGCAGUCCUUCCAGAAGGUACUCAACUGCACAGGGGAAGCAGCCUGCAGCCUCCUCCUGUCCUCACCACCAUGGGAAAAGUGGCUACGGAUCACAGUGGAAAGCCUCAAUGGGCCCAGUGCCAGGGUUGCCUUUGAGAUGACAGCCUCCUUUACAGCAUGCAAGCCAGGAGGGGCCAGCUCUUUCCUUAACUUCUACAAGAGUUUGAACCAAAGCCAGGAUAUGCAGCUUCCAGAAGGCAGUCUGAAUGCCACGAGAUAUGCGGCAGCUAAUGCUUCUGGUCAAGGAAACUCUUGCCUGUACAGCCAGCCAGUCAUCCGGGAAGACCUGGAUGUUGUGUCUGUGGUGUUCCGGAUCCUUGGGGAGUCCAGUGUGCCUGUCCAGGCUCAUUUGCCCACCCUGCUCCUUUUCAACCUGAAUUCAGGCAUGGACAGUGGAGGGACACUUGUACUGAACCUGCUGCUUAACAAGACCUCCUGGAUUCCUGGAAAUGCCACUGUGUUGGCUUGCUUGAGUGUUGCCUCCCCUGUGCUGAACCCAAAUGCCACAUGGGACUGCAGGACAGCAUUCUCCCAAGGCUAUCUGUUGAAUGUGUCGGUGUCCUCUAUGGAAGCUGCACUCACCGUUCCCUACCCUGAAUCUGGUAGCUGGUUCCUGUCCUUGCAGCUUGCCUGCCCGAAGCUCACAGGGGAAUGUGGGAAAGCCAAAGCCCUGGUGACCGUUACCACCUACCUCAGCCCCUGCUUCAACGACUGUGGGGUGUAUGGACAGUGCAGCCUCUUGCGACGCCUUGGCUACCUCUAUGCUGGGUGCAGCUGUAAGGCUGGUUGGAGUGGGUGGAGCUGCACAGAUGGCACAAAAGCCCAGUCUGUUGGCGCCCAGACAUUGGCAGCCCUCUUGCUGACACUCAGCAACUUGCUCUUCCUGCCUGCCAUUGCUGUUGCACUGUAUGGCUGCCAUUUGGUUGAGGCCUCUGUUUAUAUUUUCACCAUGUUCUUCUCCACGUUCUACCAUGCCUGUGACCAGCCCGGGGUGGCAGUACUUUGCAUCAUGGAUUAUGACACGCUGCAGUUCUGUGACUUCCUGGGUUCCGUGGUCUCCAUUUGGAUCACAAUUCUGUGCAUGGCCCAAGUAAAGAAAAUCCUGAAAUACGUCCUUGGUGUGCUGGGGACCCUCUUCAUUGCCAUGUCUCUGCAGCUGGAUCGGAGAGGGAUUUGGAACAUGAUGGGCCCCUGUCUCUUUGCCCUGGUCAUCAUGAUCUCAACUUGGGUUUAUCGUGGUGUGAAGCGCCAUCAUUGUUACCCCCCAUCCUGGAAGCGCUGGGCCUUCUUCCUCUUUCCUGGGAUCAGCCUGGCCCUCAUUGCUAUAGCUAUCUAUGCAUUUAUGGAAACCAAUGAGAACUACUAUUACACCCAUAGCAUUUGGCACGUCCUUGUGGCUAGUAGCGUGGCUUUCCUCCUCCCCCCAGGAGACAAACACAAGAAGCUGUGGGCAUGGUCACGCAAGCUCCUCUGUGGCUACCAGAUCUGCAAAAAUGACCGGGAAGAGCUCUAUGCAGUGACGUGACUGAUGGUGCUCCUACUGCAGUGCCUGCCAGACUUCUCUGCCAGAUUGCUAGCCACCUUUCCAAAUGCCACAGAACUGUGCAUGAAAGAGCAGGCUGGGCUGGCUAGUUAGGUGAAGAGUUUGGUGGUGAGCAGGCUUUGAUUGCCCCAUGAAAAGACUACGCAGUUUGCACAGACCUAUUCAAAGGAGGGUCCAUCUUGCAGCUCCGUCCUAGAACAGCCAGUGGAGUUUCUGGAACCUUGGUAAGCCCCAUGCUCUCACCAGCUCAGAGUCUCGUCUUGUUCAAACUGUGUGGCUGAGAAAUGUGAAGUGCAAAACAAGAACUGCCCUGAGAAAAUGAAGGUGCGAGCAGGUGGAAUCAAGUCCUCCUGUCAGGCAAUCUGACUGUGGGAUAGAGUUCAGGAUGCCAUGUAGCUUUCUGCAGCCUCACCCCAUUGGUAAAGAAGAGGGCAAGGUGGGAUAUUGUCCCUUUUCUCUUUGCAACAUCUCCCUGAAUUUGAGGGGCCGAAGCUGUAAGCCUGGGCUACUGAAAAGAGAUUUUGCCUACUGAACCUGUGGAAGGUGGAUGUGAUAAGCAUGGGGGGGCGGGCAGUAUGUCAGACCAGUCAUGCUUGUACAAAAUGUACUUUGCUCAGGGAAGUGCUUCCGUUGUUCAAUAUCACUGUGUUCUGAACAGCCUUGUCAGGUUGGUUGUAAUACCCAUUUCAGGUCAUGUGGGGAUGUGGAUAUUGUUCUCAGCCACUGUCUGUUUCCAUUCUAUUGUUUUGCAUAUAACUAUAGACGGAUAUGGUGGUUGCAGUGCAGAGCACACUGGAAUAGUGGCUGUGUGACACCACGGCAUUGAGCUGUGUGAAUCAAGCCAGGCUUGGAGUUUGGUGUGCCCUGCACUUCUCAACACUGAUUUUCUAGACAAGCUGUGUUGGGGUGUUUGCUAUUUGAAAGGAAUGGAAUUCAGUAGGAAAACAGUUAAGCAAGGAGAGCAAGGAGCCCUUAGCAGCAGCAUUUCCAAGCUGCCAAGUGGCUUCUGCAUGCACUGUUUUUCUGGCCUUUUACUUCACUGGGCCAGUUGCAGGGCUGCUACUUACAGUUAUCUAAUCUCUGCAUUAGAACAACCUUCCAUGCCAAACCCUUUGAUUUUUGCUGCUCAUUUUGUUUUGUUUUUAUUUUCAAUCACUACAGGGAAUUAAAGGGAAUGUAAUGUUCAGUGGGAAAUUGAUUAUGUUGAUUUACCUCAAGCAGAUUUCAGAACAUGUGGUUCUUUUAACUUGAAUGGCCUUUUUAAUUGUAAUGCAUACCGUGCUCUCUCAGCACAGGAAACCUAAUAAAAACCAAAGGAGC